UCUCGCCUCCUCCUCCAAGGCGAUCAAUAGGAUCUCAGGCGCACUAGAGCGCUCUCUUACGUAGACGUCCAGCCAGGAGAGAGCCGAACAUCUGCUCCAACUAUCUACCUGCUUUCUGAACCAUGUCGUUGAGCCCAAAACACACUACGCCUUUUUCAGUCACAGAUAUUUUGAGUCCAAUCGAGGAGACCUACAAGAAGUUCGGUGGCAUGGACGCAGCGGGGAACCUCGGCUACCGGCAGACUCAGGUGUCUCAGGCCGGGAUGCAGCAGCACUCCAUGGGUCACAACGCCACCUACCACAUGCCGCACACCGUCUCCCAGUUCUCCCACAGCGCCAUGGGGGGCUACUGCAACGGGGGCAUUGGGAACAUGGGGGAGCUGCCGUCGUACCAGGAGAGCAUGAGGACUAGUGCAGCAACAGGCUGGUACAGCGCCAACCCAGAUCCCAGAUACUCUACAAUUUCUAGAUUCAUGGGACCUUCCACAGGUAUGAACAUGGGCGGCAUGGGCGGCCUGGCCGGGAUGGGGGACGCCGCCAAGACCAUGUCUUCCCUGCACGCCGCGCCCCGGAGGAAGCGACGCGUCCUGUUCUCUCAGGCCCAGGUCUACGAGCUGGAGAGACGGUUCAAGCAGCAGAAGUACCUGUCCGCCCCGGAGAGGGAGCACCUCGCCAGCAUGAUCCACCUCACCCCGACCCAGGUCAAGAUCUGGUUCCAGAACCAUCGGUACAAGAUGAAGCGCCAGGCCAAGGACAAGGCGGCCCAACAGCAGCAGCAACAGCAGCAGCAGGACGGAACCAUGUGUCAGCAGGCGCAGGCGCAGUCGCCGCGGCGCGUCGCGGUGCCGGUUCUAGUCAAGGACGGGAAACCGUGUCAGAACGGCUCCAACACACCCACGCAGAUCCAUCAGAACGGAGCCGGAGUGGUGCUCGCAUCCUCGGCCAGCAGCCUUGCUCAACAGCAACAGGUGAUGGAUCUGGAGGAGAUGUCGCCCAGCCCCCCCUCCCUGCAGCUCAACAUGGCCCAGAUGGACACUUCCGCUGUAGACUACACCGGUACCAUGGUGAACUCGAACCUGCUUUACGGCAGAACGUGGUAGGACUCACUUUUUUUUUUUUUUUUUAACAAAUCUAAAUAUAUAUUCUGUCACGUUUGGGGACUCGCACCAGCACCUUCUCCAGAGUGGGGGAGUCUAUUACUAUGGACCUGACUGUGGACCUUUUGUUCUGGACCAGGACCGACACCUCACCUUCACUGCUGGUACUCUGUCACUCUGCUGUAUCCACCAUGUUAAAGUAGGGACUUGUAUAUUAACAGAAUAACGACGCCUUUAUGUUUCCUCUUUUUGUAAGUUAAAGACAAAAUGGCUGCUGUACGUGUUUGAAAGCAAACAAACGUUUUAACAAUAAAUAACUUGAAGUGUGAGAAGGUUUCAUGAAGAACUUUUCAUUUUCUAUUCAGAUGUGUUGUGUUGUGCCGCGGCGGAACUCAAGGUCCAGUUGUGGUGACA